CUCCCUGUCACACCGAGGGAGAGAGAGCGAGAAACAGCAAGAGAGCAGGAGCGGACUGAGUGUGACCAGAGAGUAAGAGCGGGGAGACGCGCAGGGGGUAGAGAAGCAUUUUCACCUACGGCAAAGGAAGAACACUGAACAGUGACAUCACUUUUACCGCAGACAAAAAGUGGAGGAAAAAACAGUUGAGCAUCCCCUCUGGGUCUGUGGGAACGGAGCUACCCGGGGGACACAAAUGUAAGCGACGCGCAGGGACACUCAGGUGCAGAGAAACCAAACUGGCUUCGCUCUUAGGAUGCAGAAGUCACCAGUGGAAGAUGCGAAUUUCCUCUCCAAAUUUUUCUUCUGGUGGACAUCACCGCUGUUAAGGAAGGGCUUCAGAAAGAAGUUGGAGCUGACAGAUGUGUACAAGGCUCCUUCGUUUGAUUCAGCAGACACUCUCUCCGAGAGACUCGAAAGAGAAUGGGACAGGGAGGUGGUGUCAGCCAAGAACAAGCCCAGGCUGAUGAGAGCACUGGCUCGCUGCUUCUUUGGCCCUUUCGCCUUCUUUGGUGUCCUCCUAUACCUUGGGGAGGCCUCCAAGACGGUGCAACCUCAGCUUCUGGGUCGCAUCAUUGCUUCCUUUGACCCGUUCCAUGCUCCAGAGCGGAGCCAGGGAUACUUCUUGGCCCUGGGCCUCAGCCUCCUCUUCACCGCCCGCUUCCUGCUGUUGCAGCCUGCCAUCUUUGGCUUGCAUCAUCUGGGCAUGCAAAUCCGCAUUGCCCUUUUCAGUCUAAUAUACAAGAAGACCCUGAAGCUGUCCAGCCGAGUCUUGGAUAAGAUCAGCACAGGUCAGCUGGUUAGUCUGAUGUCUGCCCACCUCAACAAGCUGGAUGAGAGUCUGGGUCUGGCCCACUUUGUAUGGAUCACCCCUCUGCAGUGUAUACUGUGUGGAGGUCUGCUCUGGGAGCUGAUCGAUGUGAACGGAUUCUGCACCCUGGCAGCUCUCACCCUGCUGGGCCUCGUCCAGGCCUGGCUCUCCCAGAAGAUGGGACCUCACAGGGUCAAGCGAGCAGGGAUGAUCAGCCGCCGCCUGGCCCUCACCUCAGAAAUUGUAGAGAACAUUCACUCUGUAAAGGCUUACGGCUGGGAGGAAGUGAUGGAGACCAUCAUCAAAAACAUCAGACAAGAGGAGGUGACACUGACCAGGAAGAUCGGCUCUCUGCGGUACUUCUACAGUGCCUCGUACUUCUUCUCUGCCAUCUUGGUCAUUGUGGCAGCUAUCGUGCCACAUGCACUAAGUAGAGGCAUCAUUCUCCGUCGAAUUUUCACAACAGCCUCCUACUGCAUGGUGCUACGAAUGACAAUCACCCGCCAACUCCCGGGUUCCAUCCAGAUGUGGUACGACACGCUGGCACUGGUCAAGAAGAUUGAGGAGUUCUUGACGAAGGAAGAACACAGAGUGCUCGAGUACAAUCUGACCACCACUGAACUGGAGUUGGUCAACGUGUCUGCAUCCUGGGAUGAGGGUAUUGGUGAGCUGUUUGAGAAGAUCAAGCAGGAGAACAAGGCAAAUAGACAUUUGAACGGUGACGCCGGACUCUUCUUCACCAAUCUGUAUGUCACACCUGUCCUCAGAAAUAUCAGCCUUUACCUAGAGAAAGGCAAAAUGCUCGCAGUGGCUGGAUCUACUGGCUCAGGAAAGAGUUCCCUGCUUAUGAUGAUCUUGGGAGAGUUGGUGCCAUCAGAAGGUAAAAUCAGACAUAGUGGUCGCAUUUCCUUCUCACCACAGACUUCUUGGAUCAUGCCAGGAACAAUUCGUGACAACAUCCUGUUUGGCCUGACAUAUGAUGAGUACCGCUACACCUCCAUUAUCAAGGCUUGCCAGCUGGAAGAGGACUUUGCGUUGCUGCCUGAAAAAGACAAGACUCUCCUCAUUGAAGGAGGGGUGACCCUCAGCGGCGGUCAAAGAGCACGCCUCGGCCUAGCCAGGGCUGUGUAUAAAGAUGCUGACCUCUACCUGCUGGAUGCACCUUUCACCCACCUGGACAUAGUGACAGAGAAAGAGAUCUUUGAGAAAUGUGUCUGUAAACUCAUGGCUUCCAAGACUCGUAUUGUGGUCACCAGCAAGUUGGAGCAUCUCAAACGAGCAGACAAAAUCCUUCUGCUGCACAAUGGAGACUGUUACUUUUAUGGCACCUUCUCAGAACUGCAGGCCCAACGCCCAGAUUUCAGUUCCCUGCUGCUCGGCCUGGAAGCUUAUGACAACAUCAACGCUGAGCGGCGCAGCUCCAUUCUCACAGAAACUCUUCGCAGGGUCUCAGUUGAUGAAACCGCUGGUUUCCGAGGCCCGGAGUCAAUUCGUCAGUCGUUCCGCCAGGUACCGCCUCCAAUAAUCAGUCCUCAGUCUCAAACCCAUCCUGUGAGUGAUGGCUACCCCGAGAAACGCAAACAGUCACUCAUCCUUAAUCCUUUGGCAGCCGCCCGCAAGUUCUCCUUUAUUGGCAACUCUCAACAGACGGCAAAUACACCCCAGUCCACGACAAUAGAAGACGGUGUUCAUGAACUUUCAGAGAGAAAAUUCUCUGUUGUACCUGAGGAUGAUCAAGUUGAGGAAGUGCUCCCGAGGAGUAACCUGUACCAUCAUGGGUUGCAGCAUCUCAAUGGGCAGCGGCGCCAGUCUGUCCUGGCGUUCAUCACCAAUGCUCAGGGACACGAGCGCAGAGAGCAGAUGCAGUCAUCCUUCAGGAGAAAGCUAUCUAUCACACCACAGUACGACCUGGCGUCUGAGCUGGACAUUUACGCUCGCCGCUUGUCCAAGGACAGUGUUUAUGACAUUAGUGAGGAAGUGGAUGAAGAAGACAUGGAGCAAUGCUUUGCAGAUGAACGUGAGAACGUCUUUGAAACUACCUCAUGGAGCACUUACCUUCGCUAUGUUACCACCAAUAGGAGCUUAGUCUACGUUCUAAUUUUCAUCCUCUUUGUCUUCGCCAUUGAGGUUGCUGGUUCAGUCAUCGGUAUUUUCCUCAUUACUGACAAGAUCUGGAGGGACGGCGAAAACCCUGCAUCACCCAACUACAUUGAUGAGCAGCAUCCCAAUGCCUCGUCUCCCCCUGUACACCUGGCAGUUAUUGUCACUCCAACCAGUGCUUAUUACAUCAUCUACAUCUUCGUAGCCACAUCAGAGAGCGUUCUGGCCUUGGGAUUCUUCAGGGGUCUUCCUUUAGUACACACAUUACUCACUGUGUCCAAAAGACUGCAUGAACAGAUGCUUAGUGCUGUGCUACGAGCCCCCAUGGCUGUGCUCAACACUAUGAAAACAGGCCGGAUCAUGAACAGGUUCACCAAGGACAUGGCCACCAUAGAUGACAUGCUGCCUCUGGUGCUGUUUGACCUCAUACAGCUAACAUUAAUCGUCAUGGGUGCCAUCUUCACUGUAUCCAUCAUGCGACCGUACAUUUUCAUCGCUGCCAUCCCAUUAGCUGUAAUCUUUGUUGUACUCAGGAAGUACUUCCUACGAACUGGACAGCAACUCAAACUGCUAGAGGCUGAAGCUCGCAGCCCCAUCUUCUCCCAUCUCAUCAUCUCACUGAAGGGAUUAUGGACAAUCCGGGCAUUUGGGCGUCAGACCUACUUUGAGAUGCUCUUCCACAAAGCCUUGAACACUCACACAGCCACCUGGUUCCACUACCUGGCUACGCUGCGCUGGUUUCUCUUCCGCUGUGACAUGAUCUUCGUUCUGUUCUUCACCGCCGCUGCCUUCAUAGCUGUGGGAACCAACCAGGACAAACCAGGAGAGAUUGGCAUCAUUGUGGCUCUGGCCAUGCUCAUCCUUGGGACUUUCCAAUGGGCUGUCAUCACCAGCAUCACUGUAGACGGACUGAUGCGUUCGGUGGAUCGGGUAUUCAAAUUCAUCGACCUGCCAUCAGAGGAGCCACUGCCAGGAAAAUCUGGUGGUAAAGGAGGCUCAGACCUCAUCAUCGACAACCCUCACGCCCACGACUGCUGGCCCAACCGCGGUCAGAUGGACGUCCAGGGCCUCACCGUCAAAUACACAGAGGCUGGACGUGCUGUCCUCAGCGACAUCUCCUUCUCUGUGGACGGUGGCCAGAGCGUGGGUCUGCUGGGUCGAACAGGUUCAGGGAAGAGCACCCUGCUGUCCGCUCUGCUGCGUCUCGCCUCCACUGAUGGAGAAAUCUCUAUUGACGGUGUUUCCUGGAGCUCCGUCUCCCUGCACACAUGGAGGAGGGCCUUUGGAGUGGUGCCACAGAGAGUCUUCAUCCUGACUGGAACCUUCCGGAUGAACCUGGACCCACAUGGACGCUACAGUGAUGAGGACCUGUGGAGGGUGGCAGAAGAGGUUGGUCUUAAGUCAGUGAUAGAGCAGUUUCCAGACAAGUUGGACUUCCAGCUGGAGGACAGCGGCAGCGUGUUGAGCAACGGACACAAACAGCUGCUGUGUCUCGCCCGCUCCAUCCUCAGCAAGGCCCGCAUCCUGCUGCUGGACGAACCCUCCGCCUACCUCGACCCCAUAACACUGCAGGUCCUGAGGAAGACAUUGAAACAGGCGUUUUCUGGCUGCACCGUCAUCCUAUCAGAACACAGGGUGGAGCCACUGCUGGAGUGUCAGUCAUUCCUGAUGAUUGAGGGCAGCUCAAUGAAAAGCUACGACUCCAUUCAGAAGCUCAUGAAUGAGACGAGUCACCUGAAACAGGCCAUGAGUCCCGCCGACAGGCUCCGCCUCUUCCCAACGCUGCACCGCCUCAACUCCAGCAAGAGGGCGCCGCAGCAGACCGCCAAGAUCUCUUCACUGCCAGAGGAAGCCGAGGACGACGUCCACGACACUCGACUCUAACUGAACCAGCUACACACGAUCACACACACACACACACACACACACACACACACACGCACACACACCUGCAUGGACAAAACGGGGGUUUGAUCCAGUGCUUUGAUACUGAGGAUUGGCCAGAAUAAGCAGAGACAUCAUCUCAGUUAUUAUGUUUUAUGCAAUGCUAGAAGAACUUAAUUUAUACUUAAUCAGAAUCCUAAAUGACAAAAAUUAAAUGUGCAAGGAAAACAAGUUUUUACCCGCAUUAUCUAUUAUAUUGACAUGAAAGUACACAAACUUGAUUUCUAAUAAAACGACACACUUUGAUUAAUUUACCCUGAUAUACACUACCAUUCAGAAGUUAUCCUUAUUUUUGAAAGAAAAGCAGUGGUUUUUUUUUUUUUUUCAAUAAAGAUAACAUUAAAUGAAUCAGAAAUACAGUCUAGACAUUGUUAAUGUGGUACAUGAGCAAGCUGGAAACGGCUGGUUUUUAAUGGAAUGUCUACAUAGAGGUACAGAGGAACAUUUCCAGCAACCAUCACUCCUGUGUUCUAAUGCUACAUUGUGUUAGCUAAUGGUGUUGAAAGGCUAAUUGAUGAUUAGAAAACCCUUGUGCAAUUAUGCUAGCACAUGAAUAAAGGUGCAAGUUUUCAUGGAAAACAUGAAAUUGCAUGGGUGACCCCAAACUUUUGAACAAUAGUACAUACACUAUAUGUGUACUAUAGAUAUGGAACUGAACAUCUAAAGACACAAGCCCACAUGACACACACCAAACACAUGCAAUACCAAGAAAAGCACUGAGAGAGCGCAGUACUCAGCCAAGACUGUUCAUUCCCUGACCUCGCGCUGAACACAGGUAGCAGAUGGUGGGAAUUGAUGAGACUCGGAAACACCCCCACAAUUUAAUUAAUUGUUCCUUGAAUGAUUCCCAAUAAGUCAACAGUGGUGGAUUUUUAGUAGGAUCGCAAUCGUGAUCAUUAGCAGGCAGCUGAGGUAGCAUUCACUUGUUGUCAUAGUUACAGUGAUGCCGUGCCGUCACGCUGUGCCGCUAUCUCAAUGGGAAAUCCUUAAUAAAUCCGUGGAUCCAGACUAUAAUCUGCAUCACUGCCAAAAUAUAAUCAAUUGGUCCUUGUGUCAUUUCUGACCUUCCCUGAAAAUUUUGUCCAAAUCUGUUGAUCCGUUAUUGAGUAAUGUUGCUAACAGACAGACAAACCAACACCGAUCGUCACAUAACUCCACCAAGGCUAGUAAUAAUGUAACAGUACUAAACAAGUAAUAAACGAUAAAGCUGUGUGUUUUAUAGCUUCCGUAUCGCUGUGUAUGGAGUCUAGUUUCCAAGGAACAAAUUAGUGUCAACUGAAUUCCAAAUUUCAAAGCAAAAGUCCACAAAUCAGUUGGGGAUGCUGCUGUCUUGAUGUCCGUCUUUAUGGACAUUUUAUGGUUUCUGUUGACAUUUUGAAAGCUAAAUUCAACACAGAAAUUAUUUAAUGUCAGCAGAGGAAUUUGAGGCAUCUGAUGGGAUUCACCAGAUGAUUGAAUGAACAGAAGAUUUCUACUUGUUCAGAAAUGUGACACUGAAAAACAGCGUGUUAUUUACUCGAACAUAAUAAACACUUAUUUUGUCUCAAAAGGUCACAAAUAACAGGGAAAUGCACAGAUAUCUGUCAAAUAAGGGAACAGAUUCAUUGCCUUUACUAUACACAGUAAAGUCUACUUACUGUCAUACAUAACCUCCCUCCAGAGGCCAUUCUGAGCCAGGAAAAGCCACCAUAAUUUGAAUUCUCUUUGGUGGGUGUAUUGUAUUGAAAUCUCUUGUGAAUAUUUGCCUCAGUGUCUUUGGUUGGUCAGUCUGACCCCACACUGCUGUCAACACACACACAUCCAUCAGGAACAGUGACGCUGUCGGCUUACGCUAAUAACGAGCGAUGACUCAAACACCCUUAUUUUUCUAUGUGUAUGCACUUUAGAGACACCCUGAGGUACUCAUCAGCCUUCAACACUCAAGUUAUUAAAUGCUGCACUAAAAUUUUCCAUCGAAUCCUCUGUGAAAUGAAGUGUAAAUGACAAAUUCUAGUUUCAACUUUCAUUUUCCAGCCUCUGUUUUUUGAAGAAUUCUAGACAAUAGUCAGUAAUUCAUCCAAAAAAAAGUUUUCUAUGUGAAAUAAAGUAUAUUUUUUCAGAGUGACUGCUGUACAAACGCAAAACAAGCAUUUAGCAUUUCUGUGUUUAUCAUUUAAUAAAUUGUAUCUGUUCUUGCCUCUGAAACUGGGAACCAUAACGUCAUUAUUUUUUUCUUCUUUGGCUGAGGGAAGAGCCUGUCGCUCCUUUCAAACUGAAUAAUAGUUUUGUAAUGCAGAGAAUGAGGUACCGUGGAGAAAUGCCUUGAUAUGUUAACUGUGACAACAGAUUUUUUACAGUGUAAAUUAAGAACAGAACUGUUUCUUACUCAUAGGAAAGGGACUUGGAUGUCCCAAAAAAAAGUGUAUAAAUGUAUUUGUUCAAUCAGCUAUAUUUCCAGUAAAACUUAAGAUUUUGACUA